AUGGUAGCUCCUGCUUAUUUUCAAGACACUUACGUUGAUCAUGAAUUAUCUGCUAAUUUAGAUUCAACUUUUGCUUUCGAAGGUCCAGAAAAACUUUUAGAAAUUUGGUUUUGGCCUUCUGAAACUCAAUUACCUAAGGACAUUCCUGCUGAUGGUAUUAGAAGUAUUCCCUUGGAAUCCUGGGUUAAAUUAUUAGAUUUGGUUAAUUGCAAAAUUUUAUCAAUGAAAUCUUCUAAGUUUAUGGAUGCUUAUUUAUUAAGUGAAAGUUCAUUGUUUGUAUUUCCUCACAAGUUAAUUCUCAAAACUUGUGGUACAACGACUACUUUAGCCUGUUUGGAUGAGUUAUUCGAAACCGUCAGAGAAAAAAUGAAUCUUUUGUUAUCAAGUAAAGAGAUUUACAAGGUUUUUUAUUCAAGAAGAUCAUUCAUGUUUCCUGAUAAGCAACUUCUGGUUCAUAAAGAUUGGAAGAGUGAAGUUUCCCUUUUAGAUAAGCAUUUUGCUCACGGAAAAUCUUAUAUUGUUGGUAAUUUUAAUAGUGAUGAUCAUUGGUAUUUGUAUGUUGGUGGAUAUGAAGAUCAUGUCAAUCCUCAUAUUCAAGCUAAUGAUCAAACGUUUGAAAUCUUAAUGACUGAAUUGAACCCUGAAUGUGCUCAUAAGUUUGUAACUUCAAGAAAGCCAGGCGUUGAAUCCUUGAUUAAAGAUGUAGUUGAUGAGCAUGACUUGGGCCAUGAUAUUGGAUUAGAAACAAUGGUUGAAACAAGCUUGGAUGAGGUUUUUGAACCUACAAGAAACUUCACCUCUCAUUUGCCUUCUCCUUCUUUAUCCGGUAUUUCCGAAUGUGAAGAGGAAAUUCAAGUAGUUAAACAACCAACCAAGUUUGAAUUCAUUCAUGAUGCCUUUUCAUUCACACCUUGUGGAUAUUCAUCCAAUUCAAUCUGUUCAAAUGUUCCUGGAGGUUAUUAUUAUACUUUGCAUAUCACACCAGAGUCAGGAUGGAGUUAUGCAUCGUUUGAAACAAACUAUCCAUUUUCGGAUAAAUCUCCAGUAGAUAUCAUGACGGUCAUUACCAGAAUCUUGAACAUUUUUGAGCCAAGAAAAUUUUCAAUGACAUUAAUCAACGAUUUAUUGAAUGAUAAUUCAAGUUUAUUCAUGUUAAAGAAUAGUGAUUUGAUGUUGAAGGAUUUGGGGUAUAAGAAACAAGAAAGAGUUUUGUAUGAUUUGAAAAAUGAAUAUAGUUUAUUAUAUUUAAAAUUCGAAAAGACCUAA